AUGGCUCUUGGACCUCCAGUUUCAACAGAAUCUUAUGUUGUUGUUUAUAACCCAUCACAAUAUCUUAAUACUAUUACUAAUGGUCAAAAUGCUGAUCGAAUUGAAGCACUUAAACUUUUACUUGAUUGUAUAACACAAUCUGAUAUUGAUCUUAUAACUCUAGGAAGUAUAUGGCUAUGUGUAGUAGGUUUAUUAACAAAUGAAGAACAACAAGGAUCAAUGACUACAGAAAUACGUCUAUGUGCACUUAAAUGUGUAUUAAAAUUAAUUAAAAUUGAAGUAAGUUAA